AUGCGCCACUCGAUCACUCCCCAGCCCCAGCAACCGCUGCAUCCACAACAGCAACCACUGCAGCAGCAGCAACAGUUCCAACAACAACAACAGCAGCACCUCCAGAACCAACAGGCAUAUCAACCCGUACCACUCACCCAACAAUCCCUAGCACAGCAACAACUAUUGCAACAGCAACAACUACAGCUGCAACAUCAACAGAACCAGAGUCAACAGAUACACCAGCAAUUGCAACAACCACAACAGCACCACCAUAGUAACCAACAGCUACAGCAGCAGCAACACCAAAUGCCGUUACUUACACAGCACAAUGGUCGCCCCCUCCCAGCGGCGCCCCUCCCUGGUCAGUCAGGAUAUCCGUCAUAUACGACAACUCGCAAUGGAUCGGAAACCAUCUCACCGCUCCAGCAGCAGCAGCAGCAACAGCAACAGAGUCAAGAAAGCGAACACUAUUCGUCCGUGAUACCGCCACAUCCGCAUACACAUCAUGAGCUUCAACUCUCGUCCAACCAGUAUCCAAACCUUCUUGAUCCAAUUCCGCCACAUCAGCUCCAACAAACAAGACAAGCUUCGCCUCACAAGCAAAAGUCCGUUUCACAUUAUGGUCAACGCUUCAAUCCCAUGUACCCUUCACCAGCCUCGUCGGCCACAACGCCGCUCCUCUCCCACGCGUCCCUCAACCCAUCGAACCCCUCGGAGGGCCUGGCCCAUCAUUCGACCGUCACCUCCCACCCCGCCACAGCGGCCGACACGUCCGCUGCAGUCUCCGCAGUUGCCGCCGCCGCUCGUUUGGUAACCCGACAAUCUCUAACACCUCAAGUCUCGCCCCACCUGAACCCGGCGCGGGCUAGCCAUGAUAGCUUGACGCCUGCAUGGUCGCCCGCUCACGCAUCCACAAGCCCAUCUUCGACUGCUUCUAUGCCAGCUUACAUGGACACGUUUGAGACCAAGUAUGGGUCUGGGCUCGUCUCUGACCUGUCAAACCCAUUGACCAUGAGCAACCUUUAUGCACGGUCAUUGCACACGCCCUUCUAUCAAGAUCUGACCAAUGGUGUCCAUCUUGGCCUUGGGUCUCAGGCAAACGGCGCGGUGUUACAGGGCGCUCAUUUGCCACUAGCACAUGGUGGUCCACUCCUGCACGCCACGUCUCAGUCUCUCUCUGACUUUCCAGCGUUCGAUGUCAAGGCCUACACCUUCCGUAAGAAGCCGAGGCACUAUGUUGCUGUCAAGCACAAGAAUGCAUUGCGUAUUGAGCCAAUCAUUUACCUCAAGACCAGCAUCCUGGACUCGAAUCGGCAAGUGGUCCGAAACUGGGAUUACUUGCGGUUCAAUCUCGAUCGAUUCAGAGAGAAUGCACAGCCAAAGAAAAAACUGAGCCCCGAUGAGAUGAGAGGGGCAAGGAUCUUGGACGUGGACAUUGUCCUCAUCUCGCCAAAUAACAGAGACCGCAUCAUUGAGGACUCUUGCCCUGCUUGUGUCAUGCGUAUGGACGGCGAGAGAAAGAUCAUGCAAGUGUUGGCCAAGAACUUCAAACAGAGCCCUAACGGUGAACCCAUGAUCGACAUCCGCAAGGGCCAUGCGAUCAUCUGCAUCAAGCUGAACUGCUACUGUGAUCACCACAAUGAGCAAGAAGGCUUUGUGGUUCGCCUGCAAACGUUUCCCGAGGUCGUCCGCGUCGGUGGGUCUGUGAAGCUUCGUAUCUGCUGCGAGGCUCGAUCCAAGAACGGAGGCCCUGAGCAAGACCAGGAGGAGGAGGAUGGCUUGACUGAUAUCGAUGCCCCAGCUUCCACUGGCUCGCGGUCACCAGCGAUGGCACCCAACGAGCAGAUGCUUCAGAGCCCAUCCUUGAGCAAUGAGAGCUCAAGAAGCCCAAUGGUCAAGAGUCACCAGCGUACUCCUUCUGCCAGCUCAGCAUCGAUGGCCUCUCCAAGAUCGAUGGAUGAGCGGAUGGUGAACUCACUUGCGAUGGACAAUGCUAACAUGAAUGGACUCCGCAAUGGCCACGGUCCCAACGGCACCAAUGGUCGAGCUAUGGCCCCUCCCAAGUUCCGACAGAUCUACCCUCUCACGCCAUGCGAGGGUACUAUCCUCGGAGGUACUCGAGUCACCAUCCACGGGGCCAACUUUGAUCUUCUACAGAACCCCGUCGUCUUUUUCGGCAAGGUUCCUGCCGAGCUGGUCACCAUUUCCCAUCACGACGUGAUGGAGUGUACCACACCUCCUGCGGAGAACUUGAAGCCAGGCAUUGUUGCUGUGAAGAUUGCAUCGAUGUCGUACCCUAUUGGCCCCGAAACAGACCAGGUCGACUACAUGUACAUGGCACCACCAGACUACGACUUUUGCAACCUCGCCGCAACUUCGCUUUCCUACGCCAUGUCGAACGAGUACCCACAGGACAACACUUUGGCCUACAUCCUCAACGCUCAUGGCGCAGGUGCGGGUGUUGGACUUGGCUUGUUGGAUGAUGCCACAACGUUUGUAGGAAACGAUUUUGAUGUUGGCUUCGCAUGGAGUGCCUCCGGCAAGGAAGACAUGGCACUCGAGUUUUUGCGCACGGUUCAGAUUCUUGCUCCAGGACGCAUUUUGCCUUCCUUCAAGAGCGACUCUGGACACACAAUGUUGCAUAUAGCUGCACAGCAGGGCAUGACUCGACUCGCCAAGGAGCUUAUUGCCAUGGGUAUUGACCACACUGCCAUUGACAGAAAUAGCAAGACUGCUCUCCAAUUUGCUCGCAUGUCAGGUCAUGAAGACAUCGCUAGGCUGAUCUCCGAAGCGAAGGUUCCCCCUCGCCCUAUGGUCCCACGGAUGGAGUCUGCUCAACACCCCAGCGCCACCAUGCAGCAAACUGUUGCCACUUUGAUCCUGAAGCACCAGGAAAACUUCGUCAAGGUUGUGAAACAGGAAGGUCACCGCAGGGGUCGUCAGCUCAGAGAGAUGAAGGAGAGGGCCACCCACGUCAUGGACAUCAAGAACGAGGCCCUUACCGAAUCCGAAGUCCAUACCAGCGUACCGACAGAGGCGGCCAACGCCGAAGGAGGUCAUGUCCAUGAAGAACCCCGUGCAACUGGCCAAGAUCUUCCCAAGGUGUUUGUCGAGGAGGCCGAAGAAGACGAUAUUAUGGAUGAGGAGAUGUCGAACGCGUCGUCCCCUGAAGGAGCCAAGUCGCAUGACGAGGACAUGGACUCCAACGACGAAUCUGGUGAACCUGAUCACGGCCAGACCGAACGUAAGCGGAAGGCCCACGGUGCUCCAGAUGGCGCCGGCGAUGCGUCCCGCAAGCUGAUCAAGGAUGAAGACUCGCAUGCUUCGGCCUCUUUGUCCUCCAAGGCUGAGUACCUUACACCCGCCCAGCACAGCCACAUCCUGAACGCUACCAAUAUUUGGGAAAAGUCGCGUGGCACUGAACUGUUCGGUUCGACUGCCGCGCUGUUGACCAAGACUGGACUUCAGACAUGGACUGGUGACACUUGGUCGGCCACAUCAUUGAAGGACUCGGUAGAAUCCGCCUUGUCAGCUUCACGGAACGACACUGCCCUUCAUGUUAUGGCUUUGACUGGAACAGGACUCCACCACUUUACUGAGCGUCGCUCCCCCCAAGGGACCGUGAUCCGCGAUGUUGAGCACUGGAGUCUUGUCGAGCUUGAGCAUAUUGGUCACACCACAAAUGGUCCCUCUCAGCUUGCUAUUGACAUGGAGGUGUGUGGAUUGGGCUCCCGUGGUGGUCGAUAUCCUCUCGGUCAAAGGAUUCAAUUGACAGGAUCCAAGGACAACCUGGGUGGAUAUGUCGAUGCAGUGUCCAAUGCUCACGACGAUCUUAUGCGUCACCUUGGCUUCAAGUCCAAGUUUGGAUCGGCACCUCAGCAACAUCAGCCCCAUCAACACUACCAUUUGCCCACGGAAAAGACUGAGGAUUGGAUCGAUACAACGCUUACCAUAUGGGCCAAGCUCUUCAAGCUCUCGGACCGUGACCUGAAUGGAAUCGAAUACUCUGCUCGUCUUGGCACCUUUACUUUCAAGCCUGCCCAGGAUGACAGGAGAGCUUACUCUGCGCCACAGAUCCAGACGGUCAUGCGAACGCUCCGUGAGUACGACGAAGGCUCCAAGGUCCGGUUCGAGGGCAUUCAAGCGUUGGAUGGAGGCUGGAAGAAGCAAGAGGUGAUUCAGGACUUGCAGAGGAUGAUCAAAGACAUGAAACACAUUGAGCGGUGGAACUUUGCCGGUUGCGGAUGGUCCUCGGAGACUGCCCAGGGAUUCUUGGACGGAUUCGAGCCCACCGCGGAGUCGACCCAUAUGCUUAGAGGAGACGCAGGGCGCGAGCACUGCAGACGCAUCUCCUUGACCGGUAAUGACUUUGGAGGCGAGGAUACCGUCGGUCACCUCUUUGCCAAGCGCCUGGCUACCUGGAGACAUUUCAAGACUCUAGACCUCACUGACUGCAACAUCGGCGUGGGCGGAAUGGAGGCGCUCGUUGGAUGUCUGGAGAACAUGUUGACCAUCCGUCUCAAGGGCAACCAAGCCGACAACCGCUGGUGGCAAUGGGUCGACAUGUUGCUGGAACGCAACCCCGAUCUCCAGAAGUGUCGUCUUGGAGCACCAGUGGCUCCUUCGUUGCCUCACGAGAGUCUUCUCAGCGGCAAGCGCUUGGACACACUGCAAAAGUUGACUGUUCUGGAUCUCUCGACCGCGCCUAUCAACCAGGCUACCAUCUCUGUCUUGGCCGCCUAUGUCCCGUCCCACCCUGAACUCUUGACACUCACAUUGUCCCGCUGCAACCUGGGAUGGUCGAGCCUCGUCAGCGUGUUUGAUGCUCUUUGCAAGGUCAACCAAACCACAAAGUUCACGUUGGAUGUUAGCCAAAAUCCUCUGUUCGAGUCCAAGGAGUCGAUUGAGAGCUGGAUUCGGAGCCUGGAGAAGUCGAGAUCGUUCAACAGCGGUGAGCCCUUUGGCAUUCACAUGCAGGGUCUCAUUGUCCGUGAUGCUGUCUUGCGACGUGUCCUAGAGGCUUUGGAGCAGACGACGUGUUUCAACGAACUCAACGUCAAUGGAUUGAUGAUCAAGCGCGAGAGUCAAGUGGCCGAGUUAGAGGGACUGAGCUACCAGGAAGCUUGCUCCAGAAUCCGCCCAGAGGAUGCUUCGGAAGCCACCUGCUGCGCCCUUGGCCGCAUGUUGGCUAUGAACAAGACCUUGGUCAUGUUGGAUAUCUCUGGCAAGGAGAUUGAGCAGCAAGACCCUGAUGUCUCUGCUACCGUUGGUUCAACCGGAUCGUCAGUGUCGGUUGGCGGCAGCAGCGGCGGCGGUCGCAGAGGUAACUCGGCGGGCGGUCGGUCGAUGGGUGGAUUCGGCAGACGGAUCUCGUUAGCCUUCCCUGCCUUGGCUGAUAACGACACCCUCCAGCUGUUGGUCAUGGACUACAACCGGUUCGGAGAGGACGGAAUGGUUACCUUGGCUCAGGCUCUCAGUUCCAACCGCAAGCUCGGUGUGUUGUCAUGCGACGGCAACGAUGCCUACACUCACAAGGGUCUCAGGGCGGUCGAGAGUGCACUCCCUCCGUUUGGUAUGGCGCCUGCAUCAUCGGCGUUGAGCAUCCACGGAGUGACGUCUGGUCAUCUGUCCAGGGGCAUGGCACUAUCUGGUCCUGUCACCUACCGCGGAACCAUCGAGGAGGCACAGGCUGCAGGUUACAACAGCACACUUUCUGUGUGGGACUUUAACCCUGUAGAAAUACUUCUCCACCAGGAUUUGAUGUCGAUGGAGGUGGAGCGUCGGUUGGCUGAAUUCAACCGCAUCGAGACUAUGCAAUCGACGGCCCGAGAGCAGGAAGCCAAGUUUGGACCUCGACCUGCUGGCGGUGUGGGUGAGCCUGGAGUCGCAGUGGGUGGCGCAGCGUUGUUAGCGGAGGCCAAGAGACUGCACCAGGCUGCACUUGUUGACAGGGCGGAGUAUUCGGAUUGCCACUUUAGAAUCCGUGGGGCGAUCAAGGAGAACAACCGGAGGACCAAGGAGGUUUACGAUCGUGAGCUUGAGCAAGCCGAGCAGCAGAGGCACCAGGAGAUGCCUCUUUAG